AUGCCAGAAUCACAACCAGAACCAGACACCAAACAACUUCCACCCUCUUCCCCCCCAUCAGAACACCCAAGUUCAAGUUCCACCCUAUCACCAAACCGCGGGAUCCAAAUCCCCUCGAAACAUGACUACUUCACCUCCGGCUUCGCGUACCCUCCCUUCCUAGCACAAUACGACAUCUCCCCGCACCACUGGACCCAAUUCACCCAGGACCUCAACGAGGAGGUGAAGCUCUCCCCGCGACAAUGGGCGACCACAGUCGCCAAGGGCGUCGGCGUCCUCGCGCUUGGCGGGGUGAUGGCCGGCGUGCUGGGUGCGAUCCCUGCGGUCCUGGUGGCGCGCAAGGCGAGACGGAACCGCGAGGAGAUGAAUUUGAUUAUUGCGGCUUCGGAGAGGCCAGCGGAUAUAGAUGCAGAUUCGGGGUCCAGGCUGUCGAGGAAGGUUGAGCGGUGGAACAAGACUCUUUUUCGGCCGAGGGGGAUUGUGGUUCGGGUUGAUCUCCCGUGGGAGGAGCUGGAUGAGAUGCAGGAGAUGGAGGUGCUUCCUGCAGGGAGAUACGCCAAGAGAGAUGAGCAGGCUUUGAGGGAGGAUGCGUCGCGAAAGGCGCGGAUUGUGAUUAUUCCAGUAGAUACAGAUUCAGCGUCAAAUUCGUGA